AUGUUUGUUUCCGCGUCUGACCAGACAGAUGAUGCCCAUCAAUUAGUGUUGACUGAGGAAUGUACAUGUGUCUUGACACUCAAUGUUAUCACGAAACUCUCAUCUCCAAUUGCAUUACCACUCUUUUACGCUUUUGAUGGGAUGUCGCAAAAGACUUUUAUCAUGCUCAAACCCCUGAAUCCAAUACAAAGUGACACUGAAGCAAGAUCUACCAGUGACAGUUUCAAUGUUGCUCCCACAAGCAGUUUUGGUUUACUUGCAUCAUGCUUUUCUGCUUAA